CGACGCUAAGAAAGCUUCCAGUAUUGCCGGCGAGGUAGAGGGAUAUGAUAAGGCCGACAAAAACAAUGAAUCCCGAUAAGGACGGCAGUCUCUCCGGGCUUGCCGCCAAGUAUAUAACGGAUUGCGUAUCCUGAAAUCGAGCACGAUUCCUUUGGUCUGGGUUAUGGACGUAAUACUCCAUAUGCAACCAGAGCUCCUCAACCAUGUUCGUGAAAAAGCGAUCGGUCGCGUCGAUACGGCGCCCGCCACUCCGGCAACAACCGGCGCACUACUUGACAACCCACAGCAGAAUGACCCACAGCAGAAACCCGGUACCGCGAGAGCCGGCGAUCUUGCUAUCGGCUGUAUUGGCAAUUCUGACCUGUUCGCAAGCCGGGCUCCUUCCACAGAGGGGGAUAACGAACCUCUACAUCAGCGCCAAAACGAGCUGGGUCAGCGCCAGGAGAGCCUGGAAGCACAGGUGCGUUCCAUCGCACAAUCCGUCGGUCUGCUCCAACAGCAGCUACAAGCGGAGAUCGAUUCCCUCAGGAAUGAUCUUUCUCCGCGCCAAACGAAUAUGGAAGGACGGAUCCAUUCUAACGUAGAAACCUUUCGCAAAGUCAAUGGUGUCCUUCGACGUAUUCAGCCAGGAAACGAGGCCGAGACGGACUCAACUUUGACAUAGUUUCAAGCCGUUACUGGGCUUGAUUCGUAAAUUAGGGGCGCAGUCACGGCAUAGGGUAUGGCUCUAGGUACAGAGUCUGGGGAGACGAUGG